CUUUGACCUAAACCCUUUACAAGGCGGGAACAAAAUCUUCAUUCCCUCCAUGGUUCUCUCCCCGAAUCCAGAUCAGGUUCGCUCUGGACUUACUUUCUUCUCACUGCUUCAAAACCAAAAUUCCAAAAAUUGCCUAAUCCCUAAUUGACGGAACAGAACUUUAAUUAAAUAAACAAUGGAAAAAUUAGCCGAGGAAGGUGGGCAGGUGACGGUGAUUGGCUCUAAUCAAAUGGAACGGAGAAGUGUUCGCCGCAGACUCGUCCAGUCAACACUGUUCCCACAUAGACCUCCAGAAGUUGAAUCCACGGGCGAUCAGAAAUGUGAUAAUUGUAAUGAGGAAAAUAGGAACAGUGAAGACGAGGAGUACUGCGGGAGCCAAGGCAAGAAGACGAGAAGGCGAAAGGGAAAGAGUACACCGCAGGAUGGAGCUUCUAAGAAGAUGAAGAAAUCUCCUGCGAAGAUAACGCCCAAGAAAAAUGGUACAAACAAUGGGAGCAUAACAGCUAAUUCGAUUGAGAAUGAGGAUCUAUCAACUCCAAUCCCUAAUUUGCGGCUGGAGGCAAAAUUGAGAGCCGAGGAAAAUUCACGGCUGUUUGCGGGAAAGCAAAUGCAUCCAUUUUUCUCAUCACGGAAAACAGGGAAAAAAAUCCAGGAGGUAUCUGAAACCGAGAGUAAUCACCUAGUUGAGAAAAAGGAUAAAAACUUUCUUAUAGGUCCUAUUCAUGUAUUCGAAAAAAUGCAGGAUGAUGUUACAUCCAUUGAUUGGAAGAAUUGGACAUUUUGUGAGAAAACCCGUAUUGACACAACUUGUGGUUUAGAAGGUUCAUUCACAUUGGUCUUGAAGGACCUUGUCAAUGCUUUCAUUUCUAAUGGUUUUCCUAGUAUGUUAGAUCCAUCUGAUGUAACAGUUGCUCAAGAAAAGGUGGGGAAUCCAUGCCUUAUCCAACAAGAUUCUUUUGAGAAAUUGCCAAUAGCCCCUACCACGAUAGUCGAUGAGCAGGUGGCAUGCUGUCAGCUCUUAGGUGAAUCAGAAUGGCCUUUGAAGGUAGAUGAAGUUGUCUUCUUAUCAGGACAUACUGAUGAUGCAAUAAAACCAGAUAGUGAAAGGCUAAACAUAUUCUUUGAUGAAAGUAAUCAGCUUGAGGAAAUCUUAUGGACAGAUAAGUACCAGCCAAAGAAGUCCUCAGAGGUUUGUGGGAAUGCUGAAUCUGUGAGGUCUAUGAAUGAGUGGCUACGUCUUUGGCAUGAACAAGGUUUUCGAGCAAUGGAAGAUUCCAGCAAUGGUGAUAAGCACAACACAGGAGAUAGUGAUUACAUUUACAAUGGUUAUGACUCUGAUUCAGCAAAUGUAGAUGAAUGGGAUAACCUGAAAAAUGUCCUAUUAGUUACAGGACCAGUAGGGAGUGGGAAGUCUGCGGCUAUCCAUGCUUGUGCAAGGGAGCAAGGGUUUAGAAUUCUGGAGUCUAAUGCAUCAGAGUGUCGUAAUGGACCUGCUGUGAAGCAGAAAUUUGGAGAGGCUUUGGAAUCCCAUUGCCUUACAAGGUCGUUGGAAAAUGCUGUUGAUUCAUAUAAUACCAUAGAAUCUGCUCAAGUCGUCAAUGACGAAGCAGUAUAUGAGGAUGAUAACAAGGUCACUGAACUGAUUCCAAGAUUAGAUAAGGAAGAAAAUCAUGGUGCCAGCAGAACAUAUGGGAAAAUUUUAUGCAUGGAGAGUGAAAAUGGAAACAAUCAGACCAAAGUGAGGCCCUUAAUUAUCGUUGAGGAUGUGGAUAUUUCUUUUCAGGAUGAUCGGGGUUUUGUUGCUGCCAUAAAACAAAUUGCAGAGAGAGCCAAGGGACCUCUAAUAUUGACUAGCAAUGAUAAGAAUCCCGUUCUGCCAGACAAUUUAGACAGGCUAGAAUUAUCCUUUUCCAUGCCAUCAUCGAAGGAACUACUUUGCCAUCUUUCUAAAAUUUGUGCUGCAGAGAAAAUUGACAUUCAGCCUCAUUUAAUAGAGCAGCUCAGUGAAUAUUAUCAAGGGGAUAUUCGGAAAACUAUCAUGCACUUGCAGUUUUGGUGCCAGAGUAGAAGACAUAGAACAGUGGAUAAGUUGCACAAGAAUUAUGGCCCACUGCUAUUUGACCUUGAUGCUAGUCAUCGAAUAUUACCAAAGGUUAUUUCCUGGGAUCUCCCAUCCCAGUUGUCUGAGCUAAUUCAGAAGGAGAUCACAGAGGCAUUGUUGCUAAUGGAAGGAAAUUCAAGGAAAGUUGACAAUGAAGACACGACAGACAGAUUGGGAAUUCAGAAUAUAAGAACAGACUACAUAGAGCUUAAGAAGGAAAGGUUGUUAAGGAGGAAUUACUCUUUUAUUGCCUCAUCUGAAAUUCCUAGUGACACCAGAAACCAGAAUUCUCCACCUGGGAAAAAUAUUAUGAGAAAGCGAAAGCUAGUCGUUUCUUCAGAUUCUGAAGAUGAAAUUUUAAAUGAUAGAUAUCAUGUUGCUUCAGACAAGAUUAAAGAUAAUAAUUUGUUCCUGGAAGAUGAUAGUAGAUUUCCUUCUGAUUAUCCAAAAAUGGAACAUGAUACAAACCUGUUAACUAAUGUGCCACUCUGUUUUGAAGCAGAAAAAUUUGUCGAAAACCAUUGUUGCUCAGAAAUGGGAAAUGGUAACUCAUGGCUAAACCAGAUUUGCAACUCAGUUGAUAUUUCAUGUGUUCCAGAAUCAUCCUACGUUCCUGAAACUGAAAUUAAUAAUGAAACAGAGGUGUUGUCCAGAACGGUGUCUUAUUGCAAUGUAGCAGAAACAUGUGAUGCUAUUGCAGAAUUAUCUGAAGAGGAGAGCUUGGAUGAUUUUGAUGAUAAUGAUGUAGUGAGUGUGUCUGGAGUGUUUCAAGUUAUGGAUGAGUGUAGUCGCAUAGAUUUUAAGAGGAGGUCCGAGCCUAUGGAGAAAUUGGAGUUCAGAAUUAACAAAUUAGUACAAGAGUCGUGGAAAAAACUUCGUGAUAAUUGCAACGAUCUCAAAGAGUAUGUUGCUUCAGAGCCAAAACAUGCUCUUCAACUUCUGGAACAUACUUAUGGGAUGUGCAAUGUGAUUUCGGAAGCAGACCUUUUGCUUUCCAACUGCCGGAACAAAGACCCUUUGGAACUAUCAAAUAAUGAGCAGUUGGAGAUGGCUUCCACUAUGGCACAACAUAGAUUUUGCAUUUAUGCAAGAGAUGUUUCUUCUUGCCAACCAAACAUAUUUUCUCAGACUAAUGAAGAUUUUGGAGGGCAGAUGUUGACUUCUAAAACUAACACGACUGCACUACGGUGGGCAGUUGAAGAGGAGGUUGGACUGAGUAACACCUUAAAUGAUGGACAGGUUUCAGAGGCGAGCUUAGAAAAAUGUGAGAUAGCAUUUGGAAGGCAUCCGCAAUGCAGUGAGAAUAUAUCAUGUCUCGUUAACAUAAUUAAGUCCCUAGUUUCUCCAAGGGCAUCCUUGGCCGUGAAAGGUGAUGGAUUUCAUGAAUAUGUUUCUGCAUUGGGAACCAUAUCAAGAUCUGAUGCUUCUCGUCAUUCAGAAGGUGUUGAUAAUGGACGGACACAGAGGUCAAGGAGAGCUGCUCGACAUUACUUGAGUACUGGUGCACUAUCAUUGUCCCCUGAGGAUAUUUCAUUGUUGAGUCAAUACAGCAUGUACAGAAAGGCCACAUCCUAAAUAGCGGGUAUUAUUGGAUUGAGGAUUCUUUUAGAUCACUAACAGAGUUUAACUUGUUAGCUUUCACUUAUACAUUUAUUUAGUUGGGUGAAUCUUUCUCUGAGGCAAAACUGAAGAGAUUUUUAGAACAGAAAUCAGGAAUUGCGCGGAUGCAAUCAAGUUUCAGGCAGUGACCCAGAAAUGUGUGAAGCACUAUUUUAUGCUGCUUCUCCAUAGCAUUGUGGUUCAUGCCCCACAAUUGGAUCUUGAUGCAGUGCCUCAAUUUGUGAAGGAAAGAAGUCGUUUCUAAUAGGUAUUUCGAUCUGGGAUGUAAUUUCCAUCUUUAUUCUUGUAAACCUUAUAAUUGGUGCUUCAAACUGAAAUAAAUUUUAAUUAAAUAACGGAUACCUGACUUGGUUAUUUGAUGGUGGUCAUAUACUCAUAUGUAUUUAUGUGUGUAAUAAAGAGAAGCAUUACAGCUUUCAGCGUUGAAA